GCAUCCUCGGGUACCACGGCCCCGGUGCGGGCCGCCUCCCCCGUAGGCCCCGGCCUCCUAUGGGCGGUGCCGGCGCCCCGGCCCCUGCACGCCCGUCUCGCUCGGCGUUAGCAUGGGCACGGUGCUCUCCCUCUCCCCCGCCGCCUCCUCGGGCAAGGGCGGCGGCGGCGGGGGGCUGCUGGCCGACAAGGCGCCGGGAAGGGUGCCGGGCAAGGGCGAGAGCCGGCUGAAGCGCCCCGGCGUGCUCAUCUCGGCGCUCACCUGGAAGAGGCUGGUGGCCGCCUCGGCCAAGAAGAAAAAGAGCACUAAGAAGGUGACGCCGAAGCCCGGCGGCGGGGCCCCCGGGGGGCCCCCGGGCCAGCCUGACCCGCUGGUGGUGCAGCGAAACCGCGAGAACUUGCGCAAGUCGGUGGUGGGGCCGGCCGACGGCGCCAAGCAGGGCCCGCUGGCCGUGCCGGUGCCCACCGUGCCCUCGGCGCCGCAGGAGUUGCACCCGGGUUCCGGUGGGGGAAAGCCACCGCCACCACCGCCGCCGGCGGGCGGCCGCCCCCCAGGGUCCCCGCGCCGCGUGGUGGUGCAGGCGUCCACCGGCGAGCUGCUGCGCUGCUUGGGGGACUUCGUGUGCCGCCGCUGCUACCGCCUGAAGGAGCUGAGCCCCGGCGAGCUCAUCUCCUGGUUCCGCAGCGUGGACCGCUCGCUGCUGCUGCAGGGCUGGCAGGACCAGGGCUUCAUCACCCCAGCCAACCUGGUGUUCGUCUACCUGCUGUGCCGGGAAGCGCUGCGGGGCGAAGACAUCGGGAGCCAGGCAGAGCUGCAGGCCGCCUUCCUCACCUGCCUCUAUCUUGCCUACUCCUACAUGGGCAACGAGAUCUCCUACCCGCUCAAGCCCUUCCUGGUGGAGGGCGACAAGGGGCGCUUCUGGGAGCGCUGCCUGGGCAUCAUCCAUCGCCUCAGCGCCAAGAUGCUGCGAAUCAACGCGGACCCGCACUACUUCACGCAACUCUUCCAGGACCUCAAGAGCGAGGGCGAGGGCGGAGACGGGUCCAAGCACUGGACGAUCAGCCUGGACCGUUAGGGAGGUACCAGGCCCCCGGGGCCGGAAGGGGCCGCGCACCGAGGGGCGGGGGAGGCGAAGGACUGUCGGAUUCCCCCUCCUCCCACCGCAUCCUCCUCGCCUUCCCCCCUCCCCGGCCGCCAGCUCCACGGAGACGCUACUUGGACCCUCCCUGCUCCGGAUCCGGCCGCCCCCCCCAGAACGGGGCUGCGCUCCGGAACACCGAGGCGGCGGCGAAGACCGAGGAGGGGGAGUGGUGACCCUCCCGCCUGCGCGAUGGAGGGGGGGAGGCUGCGGAGGAGCGGAGGCUCCUGGAUGCGUUUUCUUUAGAAAAAAAAGGGGUGAAAAAAAUAGAAAUGAGGCUCUGGGGCAGGAGUGGUCGGGGGGACCUUGGAGGUGCGGCGGGUGCCUCUGGCAGAGCGGGUGCAUGUGAAGGAGCUCUGCGGCGCGGGCAGAAGCUGCCCGCCGCGCUCCCGGUGCUGUCCGUGGUGCUGGAGCUGCCGCGCCUGAGCAGACAAAGGCG